AUGGCCGUCUCAAAGAACGUCGUGGGCUCCCUCCCGCCCUCCUACGAAAGCGCCCCCGAGGAAGGCAAGAUGCAACACUACAACAUCGCCAAACUCGCUGAAUCGUCGGGCAAGUUCCGUCGUGUGAUUUGGACUGGGACGCAUUCGCAGUUGGUUAUCAUGACCGUUCCCGUCGGUGGCGACAUCGGCCAAGAAGUCCACCACGUAGACCAACACCUCUCCUUCCUCUCCGGCGUCGGAAAGGCCAUCAUCAACGGCGAAUCCCGCCCCGUGUCACCCGGAGACCUCGUCGUUGUCCCCGCCGGCUCCGAACACAAUUUCAUUAAUACAGGAGAGACGCCGAUGGUGUUGUACACUGUUUACGCGCCGGCUGAGCAUAUGGAGAAAACGGUGCAUGAGACGAAGGAGGAGGGGGAUGAGUUGGAGGAGGCGGGGAAGGAUGAGCCCCCGGAGUGGGCGCAGCCGGAGAAGAAGGAGUAG